ACGAUAAAUAUAUUUAUAAUAAUUAAAUACAUUAAAUAUAUAUAUAUCGGUUAAAUAUAUGAUUUAAUUUUACACAAAUUUAUAAUGAUGUCAUCCCAAGUUUUAGUCUCGCGACCCCGUUUUGACACACGAGCUGUGGCGCAGAAUGGCUUACAACUGCCGGUCGAACCGGAGACCUCCGUUAAGGAAAACCUGUACGCCGGUACAUCCGCCGGUCUGGCAACGGCGGGCUACCGGAGCGCCAAAUACACCACCGGCGAGUGGUUCGCCAAUAACUCUACCCUGCUGAACCGGGCAGUCACAGACCGGAGCAUCGCGGAGAGAAUCUGCCACGAGUCCAAAGCGCUGAAAGCAGAAACCGACACCGGGACUUUACGCACUCAGACUGAGGGCACCAAACACCUGGGCGAGCGCCUGCAGGACAUCCACCGCUGGAGAUCCGAGCUGGAGCGCUUCAUCGAGCGCCUGGCCGCAGAAACAGACCUGCAAACGCGCUCCAGGAGGCGGCUCGAGAGAGCGCUGGACGCCACCGAGAUCCCGUUCGCCAUCGCCACUGAUAACCUGACCUGCCGAGAGAGACGCUUCGGGCCGGACCUGGUGAAGGAUCAGGUGGAGGAGGAACUACUGAAGGAGGUGGAGUUGAUCAGAAGCAUUCAGGCCCUGCUGAAAAAAACUCUGGAUCAAACUGUCAAUCAGAUAAGGCUGAACCAGGAGGUAAAGCAGACUCUUGAGUUAGACUGGUCUGAUAAACAGCAGGCCUACAGUCUGGACGAUCAGUGUGGUCGCUAUAACAACAUGAGCACAGACACACAAUGGCAUCCCAGCUCAGCGGUGCUGCAGGACCAGGUGAGUGAUCAGGAGGCAUGGCGUAAGUUUACUCAGGAUAACCUACGGCUGGCGGAGCAAGAGGAGGCGGCGAGUCAGGCCCUGCGGCAGCUGUCUGAGCAGGUUCUGCAGGACACGGCUGAGGACCUGCGGGUGCAAUGUGCCGCUGUAGAUCGGGCAUUCACCCAGCGCUGCAUGGAGCUGAGCCAGGCCAAAACACAGCUGGAACUCCACCUAACACAGAUUGUGGAGCAGAUCGGGGCUCAGGAGAGGAAUAUUUCAUACCUGCAGCAGGCUGUGUACGAUAAAGAAGCUCCGCUCAGAGUGGCCCAGUCCAGACUGCAUUACCGGGCCCUUAGACCCAAUAUGGAGCUGUGCCGAGACCAGCCACAACUCAGUCUGUUAGGUGAGGUGUCAGAGCUCAGCGGUACAGCAUCAGCCCUGCAGCAGCAGCUGUAUGAAGCUCGCAGAUCUUUAUCUGACCUCGAGGAGAGCAGACUCACACUGGAGAAAGACAUCGCCUGCAAAACCAACUCCGUCCUCAUCGACCGAGAGAAGUGUAUGACACACCGCACACGAUACCCUACUGUUACAAUGCUGUCUGGAUACUGACACACUCACAACAGGAUGGGAGAUCUAGACCAGUUACAGUUAUUUCAUGUUGUUUGUAGUGUCUGUACUGGUUGUUAUUGUGUGUAUUUGCAGUGAUUCCAAGGCAAACAAAUAAAAAAGGGAGAGUGUGAAUCAAUGAGACACACACACACCCAGAAAGGCCUGCAGUACUAUGUUUGAACACAGGGUGGCCAUAGAGUGUCAUGCAAGUUUAAACUGAACUGUCAUUAUCACAUGGCACAUUUACAAUAGCAUCCUCUCUCUGUGUGGGAAAUUUGAAGGACAUAGUCCACAUUAAUGCAUGUAUAAUGUGUGUGUUAAUGUGUGCGUGAAUGUUAGAGAAAUACUGAUAGAGAGAAACAGGUAAAAAGGGUCUAUUAUUACCAGUGAAACGACACGACUCUCGUCACUAAGUCAACGCGCUGCUAAUUCAAACUUAUUUUGGUCAUCUUUCCUCUGCUUAUCUCUUCUAAUUCCUUUUCAGAUGAAAUGAGAUACGGAGAUGAAAUCAUCGAGUGGUUCUUUUAUUUAGAGAUGUUGAAAACUCAUCGUAUCUGGAGUUUUGAUUGGCGGUUGUUUGGCUCUUAUCAGUGAGCACCGAUAAAGAUGAGUAAGUGUGUGCUGAGGUUACAUGCAGGGCUUUUGGACCAAGGGAUGGGAGAAGACGAGCAAAUUAGAAAAGAGAUAAA